CCAAAACCUCCAGAAAUCCUCCAAGAGCACGAGCAGAUAGCGAGCCGCCGCUCGUCCGCUCCACAUACCAUCGCGGGGCGUCACACAGAGCAGUACAGCACACGCGCACGAGAGAGGAAGACAUGGCUCUACGCACCCUGGCGUCGAAGAAAACCCUAUCCCUGGCGCUCGGCGGCGCCCGGCCGCUGGCGGCGGCGUCAGCGUCGAGGGGCGUGACGACGGUCACGCUCCCCGACCUCUCCUACGACUUCGGCGCACUGGAGCCGGCCAUCUCCGGCGAGAUCAUGCGUCUGCACCACCAGAAGCACCACGCCACCUACGUCGCCAACUACAACAAGGCGCUCGAGCAGCUCGACGCCGCCGUCUCCAAGGGCGACGCAUCCGCCGUCGUACAGCUCCAGGGCGCCAUCAAGUUCAACGGCGGCGGUCAUGUCAACCAUUCAAUCUUCUGGAAGAACCUGAAGCCUAUCAAUGAAGGUGGUGGGGAGUCACCGCAUGGGAAACUUGGCUGGGCCAUUGAUGAGCACUUUGGUUCAUUUGAGGCACUUGUAAAGAAGAUGAAUACAGAGGGUGCUGCUCUACAAGGAUCUGGAUGGGUGUGGCUAGCUUUGGAUAAAGAGGCAAAAAAGCUUUCAGUUGAAACCACAGCUAAUCAGGACCCUCUGGUGACUAAAGGGGCAAGCUUGGUUCCUUUGUUGGGGAUUGAUGUGUGGGAGCAUGCGUACUACCUGCAGUACAAGAAUGUUAGGCCGGAUUACCUGAACAACAUCUGGAAGGUGAUGAACUGGAAAUACGCCGGAGAGUUGUACGAUAGUGUGCUUGCAUGAAUUGCCUGAAUGUGCAACUCAUAUCCGCGUUGGUUUUCCGCUGCUGCCUGGAUCUUGUGCCAAUAAAAAUGUAUCUGUUUCGCUAUUGAACAUUCUAUGCGAUAACUUGACCCAGAGAGCUGUUCUUCCUCAGCCAUGUGUGCAUUGAUAAAGCCAAGGAAUGAUUCUGUGCUGA